AUGCCGAGUGAUAGCAGUUGCUUUGAAGAAAAAUACAAUGAAUUAAAGAAGCAUUAUGAGAAUCAUAAGGCACUUAUCAAGCAAGUAAUUUAUUGUGCUCUUCUGGUAGGUUACAUAUCAUUGGUGAUCGUAGCCUGUAUCAUUAAUUUUCAACGAGCACUUUCACUGUUGCUACUCACAAUUGUAGGAAUAUUCUUCGUUUCCUGGGACAAACUGAUUAACAAAUAUGAAGACAGAAUCACCCAAGUUUUCCACCCUUAUGAAAGACGCCUUGAACAACAAGGGCAUUGGCUCAAAUGGGUUCUUUAUAUCGCACUGAUUGCUGCUGUAAUAUGCUGGCUUGUGUUUGACACUGCUAAUCAAGGUACUAGACAGCUCAUCUCAUUUGGAGGACUGCUUAUGUAUAUUGCCCUAAUGUUCAUUUUCUCCAAACACCCAACAAAGAUAUCCUGGAGGACUGUAUUCUCUGGAGUUGGGUUACAGUUUGUUUUUGGAGUCAUUAUACUUCGAACACAGAUUGGAUAUGAUGCUUUUGACUGGACUGGGAAACAAAUGGAGACUUUUUUAGAAUAUUCAGAUGUCGGUUCUAAGUUUGUUUUUGGUGAGAAAUAUAUCGACCACUUUUUUGCUUUUAAGGUACUGCCAAUUGUGGUCUUUUUCAGUAUGAUAACAUCCAUCCUCUACUAUGUUGGAUUUAUGCAGUGGAUCAUAUUAAAGGUUGGAUGGGUAAUGCAGAUAGUCAUGGCAACAUCUCCGACUGAAUCUGUGACUGCAGCUGGAAAUAUAUUCAUUGGCCAGAGUGAAGCUCCUCUUAUCAUUCGUCCCUAUUUACAACAACUUACAAAAUCUGAGAUCCAUGCUGUGAUGACAGGAGGGUUUGCAACUAUAGCUGGCAGUGUGCUGGGAGCUUAUAUUCAGGCUGGGGUACCGGCUUCUCACUUACUGACGGCAUCAGUUAUGUCAGCUCCUGCAUCACUUGCUGUUGCAAAACUGUUCUGGCCUGAGACAGACACACCAAAAAUAACAAGAAAGGGAUUCAAAAUGGAAAAGAGGGAGGAAACAAAUAUUCUGGAGGCGGCUUCACAUGGAGCUUCUUUAUCUAUCCCACUAAUAGCUAACAUUGCUGUGAAUUUGAUAGCUUUUCUGUCACUUUUGGCCUUUCUGAAUUCUGCACUCUCCUGGCUUGGGAAUAUGUUUGAUUAUCCACAGUUCAGCUUUUCGGUGAUCUGCUCCUAUGUCUUUAUGCCAUUUUCCUUUAUGAUGGGGGUCGACUGGAAUGACAGUUUCCUAGUUGGGGAACUAAUUGGUUAUAAAACAUUCUUCAAUGAAUUUGUGGCUUACAACAAACUGGCUGAAAUGAUUAAAAAGAGGCAGGCUGGUGGACCAGAGUAUUCCGGGGAAAUAAAACAGUAUCUUUCUGCCCAUUCAGAGGUCAUCGCCACUUAUGCCCUCUGUGGAUUUGCAAACUUUGGAUCUCUGGGAGUUCAGAUAGGAGCACUGUCAUCUUUGGCGCCUAAAAGGAGAAGCGACAUCUCUAGUUGUGCUUUAAGGUCUCUUAUCUCUGGUACCAUUGCAUGCUUCAUGACAGCAUGUGUUGCAGGAAUGCUCUACAUACCUGAAGAAGCAUUAACAUGUCCCUUUGUACUUAACAAUACUUUUAAUUUUAACUUAAGCUCAGUCAUCAACACAACAGACCUUGCUAAAUGCUGCACAGUUCUCUUUGAAAGCGCCUUUUCAACUAAUUCAAGUCAGAUUAUUUUUAAUGGUUCGUACACAUUAACUUCGCUCAGAGGGUGCUGCACAGUAAUUGACUCUCUGCUAUUUAACUGCAGCUUGGUCACUAUUUGA